ACUGCUAAGGAAGGCACCGUCACCGUCCGUGUCUUGCUUUUGAUGUUGCCGUGAAGAACCCAAAACAGCACUCCAAGAUGCCCGGGUGAGACUCAGAUGUUCCUCCAAACUACCCAUUCCACCAUUCCAUCUAUAGAAGAUAAUCUCCAACAUGAGAUUCUUAUUCCUAUCUCAUCCUUCCUUGCUCAUCUUUUUGUUGCUACUAGAGACCAUCUUGGGGAAACCCUUCGUCCAUCUGGUCUUUUCCCACAAUUCCACCUGCCUUGAUUCUCAAGCUGUGCCUGCGUGCUUUGGCCCACCACUCUCACGUGCAGGUCUGAAGGGCUAUCUCUUUGAAGCUGUGCCUGCCAAUGCCUGCCACCCUAUAAAAGUCCCACCAGUCUCCACAAGCUCUAUUGUGCUCAUCCGCAGGUAUGACUGCCCCUUCAGCAUCAAGGUGCUCCAUGCCCAGAAAGCUGGGUACCAAGCAGCUGUCAUCCAUAACCUCCACUCCGACUUGCUGGUGAGCAUGACUGUUGAAGUGGAAAAGGCACGUCAGCAGAUCUUGAUCCCUUCCCUCUUCAUUGGGGAGACAGCUGCUAAGCUCCUGAGACAAGUGGUCCAUUCUAAAAAUGAAACUGAAGUCAGAGUGGUGAUACCUCAGGGCUACUACAAUCCCUGCUGGGACAACAUCGGAAUCGCUAUUUGGGAUCCAGCUCGGCAUCACCUGCAAUAUUGGCCAGGCUAUUGUACCCAGCAGAUGAUCAUCGGGUUCAUCCAGGAGUUUGGUGUUGUGAUUCUCCUAAGCAUGGGCCUCAGUUUCAUCAUGGUUGCUGGUUGCAUGAAAUGGUGCUGGAGGAAUAAGGGGAUCAAAGUGAAGACCUUCAAAACAGGGGACAAGUAUGACUUGUGUGUCAUCUGCAUGGCUGAGUAUGAAGCAGGCGACAAGCUGAAGAUUCUCCCUUGCGCCCACGCCUAUCACAACACUUGCAUCAAUACGUGGCUUCUCAUCCAGCCAAGAACUGGGAAGAUUUGCCCAAUCUGCAAACAAAAUGUCAACAUGGCAACCUAGGGACCUGAGGAGCAAGCCAUUGCUGGGUGGCAAGAGAAAGAAGC